CCCGCACUUGCGAGCUUCCCAAGCUAUCUCCGGCCCUGCACCCAUCAACAUAUGACCUCCUUUCCUCCCAUCCCAUCCCAUACAAAACCACAACAACCACUCCCACAACGCAGAUAAUUCUACGUCUCACUCACAAUGGUAUUACUCACUCGUUCAAUCUGCCGUCUGGCACGUCCCGCAUUCACAUCUGCUGCCUUCACCACCGCCGCGAGACCUACACCUCGUGUGCUGUCUCGUGGAGUUCAGGCACUGCGACGGGAUCAUCUUGGAAGUAUCAGAACGCUGACAGGGAAACGUGAAAAGGUCAAGGUACUCCUCGUAUUGUACGACGGCAAGAACCACGCCAAGGAAGUCCCGGAACUCCUAGGCACAACCGAGAACGAGUUGGGUAUUCGACCAUGGCUUGAGGAGCAGGGUCAUACUUUGGUUACUACGUCUGAUAAGGAGGGAGAGAACUCCAAGUUUGACCAGGAAUUGGUCGAUGCUGAGGUUAUUAUCACUACACCAUUCCACCCUGGCUACCUCACCGCCGAGCGAUUGGCCAAAGCCAAGAACCUCAAGCUCGCCAUCACCGCCGGUAUUGGAUCCGACCACGUCGAUUUGAACGCUGCCAACAAGACCAACGGCGGUGUCACCGUCGCAGAAGUCACCGGUUCCAACGUCGUCUCCGUCGCUGAACACGUCGUGAUGACCAUCCUCAUCCUGGUCCGCAACUUCGUCCCCGCACACGAGCAGAUCCAAGCUGGAGAAUGGGACGUCGCGGCUGCGGCCAAGAACGAGUUCGAUCUCGAGGGCAAGGUCGUCGGUACCGUGGCCGUGGGCCGCAUCGGUGAGCGCGUCUUGAGACGUCUCAAGCCUUUCGACUGCAAGGAGCUUUUGUACUUCGAUUACCAACCCCUAAAGCCUGAGAUCGAGAAGGAGAUUGGGUGCCGUCGUGUUACUGAUUUGGAGGAGAUGUUGGGUCAGUGUGAUGUUGUUACCAUCAACUGCCCUCUGCACGAGAAGACCCGUGGCUUGUUUAACAAGGAGUUGAUCUCCAAGAUGAAGCCUGGCUCAUGGCUCGUCAACACGGCCCGAGGCGCCAUCGUCGUCAAGGAAGACGUCGCCGAGGCUCUGAAAUCCGGCCACCUCCGCGGCUACGGCGGCGACGUCUGGUUCCCUCAACCGGCACCCAAGGACCACGUCCUGCGCUACGCCAAGAACCCCUUCGGCGGCGGAAACGCCAUGGUGCCGCACAUGUCGGGAACCUCGCUCGAUGCGCAGAAGAGAUAUGCGGACGGUACCAAGGCGAUCCUCGAGAGUUACUUGACGGGCAAGCAUGAUUACCGACCGCAGGAUUUGAUUGUGCAUCAGGGUGAUUAUGCCACUAAGGCUUAUGGUGAGAGGGCGAAGGCUAGUGGGUCGAGUGGAGCGAAUAAGGCAUAGGUCCGGAAUGUAGGGGGUGGGAACAGCAUAUGAAAUGUAUAGCUUAGCAUUGAAAUGCGAUGAUCUUAGCUUUUGCGCUUA